AUGAGCGAGGAUCAAAAAAUUAUUGAACACGAAGGAGUUAAAUAUUUUAAAGAGGAAGGUCAAUGGUACUGGUCCAUUGGUACUGAAUGGUAUCAUACCCUUCCAAUUGCUGAAGACAAAGUGCCUGCUGACAUUAAAACUAAAAAACCCAAAGUAAACCUUCAACCAGAAAUUCUACUUGAUAUAUUUAAAAUUCUCAACUUUGUUCAAUUAUUGGCUGUUCAACAAACAAGUUUUUAUUUCAAAAAUUUUAUUGACAAAUAUGGGAAAGAAUUGGCAUUGAACAAAUUUAAUAAGCUUGAAUUUCGUCCUACUUAUGAAUAUAAAUGGUGUAAUGGCGAUUUUGUAAAAAUAGAACCUGAACUUAAUUUUAUUGAAAUAAAUCCUCAUCUUUAUGAUUUUGAAUUGAGUAAACAACUGGAGGAAAAAUGGCUGCGUGGAAUAGAAAAGUCAAUUCCUACGUUUUUAAGACAUUGGUAUGAAGACAUAGACAUUGUUGUUUGUGAAUUGGAACAAAAUUACGACAUGAAAAAAGGUUAG